CCAAGAAAGUGUGUACGAUUUAUUCCGCUGUUCUCUAAAAAUUGCGCUGAUCUAAAUUUCUCGCUAAUGAAACAAAUUCAAGUGUGGAGCAAUUGGAUUUCGCUACUUAACGCUGGCCAGCUCAACCUUCACAGCACUCCAUAGAGGCACAGAAAUACAAGCUUCUCCUUCAGAAAGAAGAGACAGUUCAGAAGGAACCACAUUACCAGAUGAUCAUGUUACUAUUGUUACUGAUCAGAACUCUGAAGUAUCGAGAAAAGAGGAUGCUGAUGAGCAAAAGAAUUCAGCAAUUACUGAAAUAUCUGGUUCAGAUGAGAAUAGGAAUGGUCAAGUAGCCGAAUCUUCAGAUGAUUCAUUUGACAAUUCAUCAUUCACUGACGAUUCAGUCGAAGAUCCAAACUUUGAAUUCGCCAUUUUCUGAGGUUGAACUGUUGAUUUCACGUUCAACAAUUACAGAAGAGGAUCCGAAGCCCCAGCAAACGGGAUACACUAGUUCAACACAAGAAGUAGAGGAAUCCCAAGCAUUACCUGAGAUUGAAAUGCUGUUUUCACGUUCAACAAUUACAGAAGAUAAUCCAAAGUCCCAGCAAACUGGAUGUACUGAUGAUUCAAUGAUCAGCAUGAAUACUGGUCCAACAAAAGUGAUAGAAGAUGCCCAAACAUUACCUGGUAAAAUGAAUUUUAUAUUAAGGCAUAUAAAAUUUAACCUCUUUUUGUUGUUUGAAGCUCACUUCUAA